GGCCAUAUAAAGGUGCGCACGCGCAGCGCGUCGCACUUGCAACCGACCGUGUACGCGUGUGUUUCCCUGUGUCCUGCUAGUGUUGUGAACGAUAUGGCGAAAUAUUUUGUCGUAUUUGCUGCGGCCUAUUUCGCUGUGAGCGCUGCUCCGCCCGCUGCACCGCGUCUUUACCAGCAGCAUGCGCCUGCGCAACUCCAACAAAUUAAUCCUCUGGAUUAUUAUUUGGACAAUUCCGAAGUAUCGCCUUAUUACAGUCAAGCGCAACAAAAACCAGCCGGCAUUAGCAACAAUCCGAAUGGCCAUUCCGCGCGACUCGAGACUUUAGAGCCUGACAGCGAAGUAGAGCUAAUUCCUGGCGCGCAAACACCGCAGCAACCUCCUCAACAGCCACCAGUAGCUCCAAACAUUCCCGGACUGUUGCCUGGUCAAAGAGUGUUCAUCGUCCACAUGCCUGUCCCAGGAUACAGGCCCGGCACAAUUGGAGGAUAUCAGCCCGUAUACAUCGUCGCCGCUGCGCCACAAGGAAACACUGGAUUCCCUGCUAAUGGGUACCAAAAUGCGGUAUUCCUAGACCCGUCCGGACAAGUGGUAGGUCAGUCUCCACUGGUGGGCUACCAACGUGCUGUUGCAGGAGUACCACAAGCUGGUAAUCCUGGACUGAUUCUUGGAGCUCCGUUGGCUUUAAACCGACCCUUCGACCUCGCGUACCAAGACCCUGCUGCUCCUUACCAGCCUGGUCCAGUUCUCCAAGGAGCUGAUGGUAACCGUGGCACGGUCCGUCUUUCGCAAUUAGUGGGUAUUCAAGCACAGCCUCUGAGCCCUGUAGCGAAUGCAAGACCAAUUGUCAACGAUUCUCCAGCAGCAUCCAAAGGACAGAACCAGGCCAGCGCUAAUCUGAAGGACAACGCCGAAGAACAACGAAAUGCCAGACCAUCUGCAUCACAGAACAGAAAAGCAUAAAGAAAACCAAAAAUAUAAUACGAUGUGAUAAUGUUGUUAGUAGAUAAAAUAUAGUUUUUAUUUUAGUUUAA